CUUCUACUCUUCUUAAUGUUACAUCCGUUAAACUUUCAAAUUUGUGUGUGAGCGUACGUUGUUCAAGGAAGGUUUUCCAAAAUAUAUAGUAGCAUUUUAUAGUGUUUAGUGGUGAAUUGCCUCAAGAAUUUGUGACAUUUUUAAGUAAAUCAAAAUGUCUCACAAGAUGUAUUAUUCGGAUAAAUACUACGAUGAUAAAUAUGAAUAUAGACAUGUAGUACUGCCAAAAGAAAUGGUCAAAUCAGUUCCAACUACUCAUCUUCUCUCCGAACAGGAAUGGAGAGCUAUGGGUGUUCAACAAAGUCAAGGUUGGGUUCAUUACAUGAUUCAUAAACCAGAACCGCAUAUUUUACUCUUUAAAAGAAAAAUAACAUCUCCACCACCAGAGAAUUAAUUAUAUUGACUCCACUGUAACAAUUUGUAAAUACUGUUUCAGAUCAUUGUUAAUAUUCAUGAAACAAUUCAACUACAAAACAAACUCUCAUUAAUUGCUAAAAUCAAUAUUAAUAUGAUGGUCAAAUUCACAUAUAUUCAUAUUUAAAAAUUUACUGCUUUUAAAAAAAAAAAAUAAUUUUGAUUCUUCUAAAUUUUUUAUGGUAAUAAUAAUAAUAAUAAUAAUAAUAAUAAUAAUAAUAAUAAUAAUAUGAUUCAUUAUCUUAAUGUUUCUCUUUAAUAUAUCAUUCCAAAAACAACAGAAGUGUUCUGUACAUAUGUCUAUAGAAUCCUUUAGUUCUUAAUAACAGUUUAAAUAGUACUUAUAUUUUGGAUUUAUCAUAAUUUAUGGUAUUUUAAUACAACUAAAAAAAAACAUGUGAGUAUUUUGAUUUUUUCUGAAAAUCA